UGGACUUUUUAUGUUUUCGCAGGCUGAGUUCCUCGGAUCAAGUGUGUACAGUUGUACAGCUCUUCCAACCAUUUGCCGGCCAAAACAGCGUCGUAUGGAUGCCAAUUGAAUUCGACAGUGCAAACCAAAGGCAAAAGAAGGUUUUUAGCUACUGAAAAAAGCAAGCUUCAACAGAGAGUCGGCGAGAGUCGAGCUCUGAAACUGGUGGAGGUGGCGGUGGAAGACAUGGGCGAUCCCUACCGUAUGUACUUCACUCCCACUGGCACUGACAGAGGCAGUGUUGGAAGGCCAAUCUUUCCUGGUUACUUGUCGUCUGAAACACCCUCAUUGCUAUUCGAUCCUACUCUUCCCUCUACUGAGCCUCCGAGUUAUUCGUCUGAUUUUUUGCAGAGAGAUAUAAGAUCAUUGACCCCUGGGGCCUAUGCUGUCGAUGAUACUGGGGGCAUUAGAUUUCGACCCGAACCUAUUCUUGGUGUAGCAGCAUCAGCAGGAGCUAGCAUAAAGGGCUAUCCAUCUCCUUUGGAAGUUCCAAGUUUGCUAAGCCAGAGACAGGAUGCUGCUGCAGUUAGCAUUAGUGCAAGUGUUCCUGCUGACAUAAGUAAAGAAAGGCCUCCUGGCUCUUUGAGCAAUGUUGAUGGUCCUCCAGUUCUGAAAGGGGAAUCAAACGUUUUGUUUGUUGAUGGACUUCCCACCGACUGUACCCGAAGAGAAGUAGGCCAUAUAUUCCGUCCGUUUAUUGGGUUUAAAGAAAUCAAAGUUGUUCACAAGGAGCCUAGAUGUAUUGGAGAUAAGGCUAUGGUUUUGUGCUUUGUGGAGUUUGCUGAUCCAAAGUGUGCUUUGACUGCUAUGGAAGCUCUUCAAGGUUACAAGUUUGAUAUCAAGAAACCCGAUUCUUCUGCAUUGAGGAUCCAAUUUGCACAUUUCCCUUUUCGUCUACCAGCCGAUGGCAAUGAACAACGAAUUGGAAUCCCACGGUGAUGGAAACAAUGCUGGGAUGAAAUCUGCCCGACUUAUAGAAUAUGAGCAUUCGUUUUGAUAGUGAAUUGUGUAAAUCAACAAUUAGAAUGAUAUACUUAGGUUGUGGAAUGCUACACUACACGAGCAGCUCCAUACACUAGGGGCUUUAAAUCUUGACUUGGCCUCCGCAGAUUUCAUGGUUGUAGUUUUGAAAUGGGUAAGCCAUUCGCUAAAAUUGCUGCAUUGUUUGUUGACUGGGGGAGAGGGGUCUAGACAGUGCAGCUUAACUCAAGUUUAGGACAAUGGCACAGGAGUGCCGAAAUAUGCGGCUUGCUGGAGCCUCUUUCAUGAUGUCUUUAGUAGGUUUUGACUUCCUAUUUGUAAAUAUGGCAUUGGUGUUUAUCCAAGGGUCUUCAUUUGGUAUUGAUAGAAAUCAAACGAGCUCAUUCCGGGCUUCCGGCAUAAGAUUGCCUUGAUCAGAGAAGCGUAGGGACGGUACGCUGGAAGAACUUGGAAGCUAUAAUGUAAGAUCUAAACCUUUGGUACAAGAUUCUGGA